AGGGUCAUAGAGGGGCAAACGAUGAAAGCUUAGACCCUUAUACUUGCGCAUUCUAUGGCCACAAUUGGGCAUAGCACAAACUCGAACCAUUUUCACCCAGAUAAUGCUUUCUGCAGUCACUCAAUGUAAACUGGUUUAAUCCUGAACCAGCUUCUGAGUAUAGGCCCCUGAACCAGCUUCUUAGUUCACCCCCUGCCCUUUUUUGAAACUAUUAUUCCAAGUCACGGCAUCUACUUUUUUUUAAUGAACAGGUUUUUUUCCAUAAGGAAGAAGGUGGUCGGUGUAAUGUGCUACCUCUUUCAUGAAGGGAAUGGAAAUUAACCUAUUUUGAGUUGGGCAUACUGGGAUUAUUCCAAGACAGAAAGAACAAGCCUUGCGAAUGACUUUUAUUUUGGAAAACGCCACCGAGUAGCGGCCAUCUUGGAACGCGUAGCGUGGCUGACUUCACGCACCUCCCCGCGUUCCUCCGAGUCUUUUAUCCAGAGGAAAGCCAAGCUAACAGUCGGGUUUUCUACGGUGUAGACGACGCACUAGAUGAUUAAACACGCCCGCAGCAACACUGGUGGAUAGUAGAGGGGCUAAGUAAACGCCAUCUAUGGUUCGUUAAGAUGUGCUAGUACCCAAUCCGUGGAGUUAGGCCCAACAGGACGGUUGUUGCAGACAUUGGGAGCGGGGAGAGCAGCCGUGUUUUUCGAAUCAUGGAGAGCGCUAUGGCGAACAACACGGGCUCGGGGGACGAUGGUGGCUUUGGCGAGGAAGAAGAAUCUUCAACGACGCCGUUUGACGGUAAUAAUCAGACGAAGUCAGACGAGGAGGGUGGAUCGGAGAACGAGUCUGGAUCGGGAUCUGGAUCUGGAUCGGAUGAAGAAGAAGGAGAAGGGGGAGAGUUGCCGAGGCCUCAAUCGGUGUCCAGCGGCGCUAAUAACGCUUCAGGGGGAUCGGCGUCGGAGGUUGACGCGAAGGAAGAAGAAGAGGGCGAGGAACGUUCUCCCAAAGAGGAGGACACCGAGUGGGACCCCCAGGAUGACCCCGCGGCGACCCCCGCCACCCCGAAAGCUAAAAAGCAGCACGAGUGCCUGACGUGCGGCAAGACGUUUGGGGACCGGCGCGACCUGAAGCGUCACCACCGCGUGCACACGGGGGAGAAACCGUAUCAGUGCUCCACAUGUGGCAAAGCCUUCGCCUACCGCCGCGGCCUGAAGAGGCACGAGAGGACACACACCGGGGACAAACCACACCAGUGCGAGACGUGUAAGAAGACCUUUAAGCACCUGACCUCUCUCCAGAUGCAUCAGAAGCUUCAUACGGGGGAGAAUAAGUACGUCUGUCCGGUGUGCGGGAAAACCUUCGCCUACCCCUCCUCCCUCACCAAGCACCAGAAGACCAUGCACCAGGACGUCACAGCAGAGGGCUUCGACGACAACAAGGAGACCCUGAAGAUCCAUACAGAUGGAACAUAUGGUGAUGGCCAGGACCAUGCAGUUGAUCCCGAUGAUGAUAAGCCGUACCUGUGUGCUCUGUGUGGAAAAACCUUCACCAAUAAGCACGGACUGAAGAUUCACCACCGUCUGCAUACAGGAGAAAAACCUUAUCAGUGUGACGUGUGUGAGCGGGCCUUCGCCGACCGGCGCGACCUGAAGCGUCACCACCGCGUGCACACGGGGGAGAAACCGUAUCAGUGUGCGACGUGUGACAAGGCCUUUGCGCGGCGCACACACCUGGAGAAACACUCCAAGCUGCACGACAAGCCCUUCGAGUGUCCCUCAUGCGGCAAGACGUUCUCAGAAGAAGAACAGCUGACCAAGCAUCAGGAGUCUCAGCACAGUCCUCAUCGAUGUGAGAUAUGCGGCAAGGUGUUCGCCCUGAGACACCGGCUGAUUGCACACAACCGCACACACACAGGUGAGAAAACAUACCUGUGUACAGUGUGUGGCAAGGCGUUUGCCCACCCCAGCUCUCUCUGUAAACACCAGAAGAUCCAUAACGGGGGAAACGACCUGUUCUGUCCGACAUGUGGCAAGGGCUUUGGGGACGAGCACGCCAUGAAGAGGCAUCAGGCCACGCACAGCGCAGAGAGACCGCACGCGUGCGAAGAGUGCGGACGAGCCUUCGCAGACAAACACGACCUGAAGAGGCACUAUAAGACCCACACGGGCGAAAAGCCUCAUCGCUGCAGUGUGUGUGACAAGUCGUUUGCGCGGCGUACGCACCUGGUCCGUCACGAGAGGACCCAUACGGGGGAGAAGCCCUUCGUGUGUCCCCUGUGCAGCAAGGCCUACGCUGACAAGUGCGACCUGAAGAACCACAUGAGGACGCACGCGGACGGAGAGAUGAGCUUCCUGUGCGCCACGUGUGGGCGGAGCUUCACGGACUACGGGCUGCUGAUGGACCACGAGCGAACGCACACGGACGACCCGUCAGGAGACCUGCUGCUGCUCGGUAAACUAGCCUCCGUUUUCUUAAAAGGGGAUGACGGUGACGGCGAGCCCAGACGGCCUCCCCCAGCCAAGAAGAAAGAGGAGAAGUCGUACCCUUGCGAUACGUGCGGCAAGGCGUUUCCCACCACCACCCGCCUCGAGGUGCACCAGCGAACGCACACGGGGGAAAAACCUUUCCUGUGCACCGUGUGUGGGAAAGCGUUUGCGGGGAAGACCAGCCUCAAGCAGCACCAACGAAUUCACUCGGGCGAAAAGCCCUGCAAGUGUAAGAUCUGCGGCAAAGCCUUCACGCAGUCCAGCAGCCUCAGUAUCCACAAGAAGAUCCACAUGGCGGGGAAGCAGCGGCACGUGUGCCACGUGUGCGGCAAGAGCUUUGCUCACGCCCACCUGGUCAGGAAGCACCAGCGCAUUCACACGGGAAAGCCGUAUCACUGCCCCAUAUGCGGCAAGACGGUGACGCGCGACUACGCCCUCAGGCACCAGCGCAUACACAAGGGCGAGAAGAGGUUCGUGUGUAGUACCUGCGGACGGGCGUUCACACGCAGUCACCAGCUGAAGAGACACCAGAUGGUCCACACAGGAGAGAAACCUUACCAGUGCUCGUCUUGCGGAAAAGCCUUCGCAGACAAGCGCACCCUCAAAGGUCACCAGAAGACCCAUACAGGGGAGCCGCCCAACCCGUUCGCCUCGUGCGGCAAAGCCUUCACGGAGAAACGCAGCAGCGGCAUGAAGAGUCAGCAGAGGGCUCAGCAGGCGGCCCAGGUGGCCCAGGUAGCGGCGGCAGCGGCGGCGGCAGCAGCAGCAGCGGUGGAGAGCCCGUUUCAGAGCACGUCCUACGCCAAGGCCUUCGUAGACAAGAGCCUCAAGGGCUUCAAAGGUCUACCGAGACCCCACCUUCCUGGAGAGAACCCAAAUCAGUACACCACAUACACCUACCUGUAGGGAAAUCCCAAAUCAGUAAACCACGUACACCUAUCUGUAGGAAAAAGGCCUUUGCAAACAAACGCAAUCUAAAGUGUCUUUUGAGAUUGACCCAGAUCGUCUGUUUUUUUCCCCCACAUAACAUGCAAAUGCUGUUGGACGCUGAACGAGACAUUUCAUUGUUUACCAGAAAACUGGUACUUAACAGAUACACAGGAAAACUUUGGCAGCUGUGGUGUGGUGUAAUUGUUAGGGAGUUGGACUGAACAUUACAGGGUUGCAGGUUCAAUCCCCACCCUUACCAAUCCCUUCCUCCCUCCCUCCCUCCAUGACUGAAGUGCCCCUGAGCAAGGUACCUUACCCCACACUGCGGCUCCAGCGGCUGUAACCAAUACCCUGUAAAAUAACCUGUAAGUCGCUUUGGGAAAAAAGCAUCAGCUGAGUGUAAUAUUAUGAAAUGUCAAACGUCAGGGCUGGGCGGUAUGGCGCAAAAAAAAGUCAAUAUAUUUUUCUAUAUCUCAAUACAUGAUAUACAUCUCAAUAUUCUCAAUUUCCCCUAAAAAAACAUGAAAUUAAGUACUUUUAAAAAAACAAUAGAGUUAACAGGUUUUUUUGUUUUAAUAUUGAAUAGACAGUCGGCACAACUCCGUUGAUUUUUGAGGCUGCUGCUGUAGUGGUGCGUUUCUCGACAGCAUCAUUGCUAAUAAAGCUUCUAAUUAAGACCUACUGAGUGGCUUGGUGGUCAGCAACAAUGCCCCAGAUGAAACGGACUGUCUCUGGCUCUGCAGUCUGAUUUUACUGCAUAAAGGCCAUUUCACACACACUCUUUUUUUUUUUCUUCUCCUCCUCCAAAACGCAAGAAGGAAGCAAGAACUCAUUAUGGGGGAAAAGGAUGGGUUUUAAUUGAAAAGGGUUGGACUUACUUGUGCUUGCAUGUUUUUGACCGAGGUGGGUAACAGCGCUCAAAAUGCUUGUUUCAAACGGUGAGCUCUUGGCAGCAAAAAGCAGCAGUCUGUCAGUCUGAACCUAACAGCAUCACAUCAGCAGAUGUGGAGCCAGGACCGUUUACAGGCCGCUGUGGCCAGGGAAAGUCAUCUGAAAGGGCCCCGCAUCCAAUACAUACAUUGCAAUGAAAACCCAAUUCUGGGCCCCCUCUCUCUCUGGUCCCGGGAAAACUGACCCCUUCGUCCCCCCUGUGUGUAACCAAGUGGAAGACUUUUAUGACAUAACUGACGCUCUGCCGGUGUGGCUGCUACACGACAUAGCCAUAGCUUUGCUGCCUUCGCUUUCUUUUUCUCAGCCAAACAGGAAUGUUGGACGUCAAGUGUUCCAUACGCUACCUUAAAGCCUGGCUGGUCAACCUGUAUUACUCAACUGACAACUAAGACAAUCUUUCGACGGAAAUGAAUAUUAUGGGGAAAUUGGUAUAUUUUACUCUUUUCUUGUGUAUGGCUGGAUGUAUUAUGUAGGCUAAACGGUUUGUAGUGCAUCUUCUGUUUUUGUUUUUGUUUGUUAGCUACUGUAGCUAGUUAGCUUUGGGUUUUUGUUUGUUAGCUAGCUACCGUCAUUGCCGUAGUGAUCUGUAGUGCUUCUGAUGAGAGAGACGAGUGUCCCGUCACAUGAUUAAAAAAAUAUAUAUAACAUUAUGAUAAGUAAUCUGUAGUUCACUUCGUAUUAUGAAAAAAACAGCAUGUAGUUCUUUUUUUGUAACAACUUUUUCUGUCUUCUUUGGCCUUUUUCAUGGGACGUGAGACACCUGUGAUUCUCAAUGCAUUUGAAGCAGGCUUUAGUCCCCCUGGGUUUUACCAUCCCCUCGUACUAAUUUCAUUCUGGAACUGAGAACACCCCGGUUGUCACAACUCUGAAUUCCAUUGCUCAAGCAGGAAUAUGUAUAAGUAGCAUCCAGUGGCGUAGACAUAGGAUACAUUCCAUUAUCUAACCUCCCCUCCUCGGCCUGUGGUCUCACGCUUCGCUGAUGCCGUGCCUCCGUAAAGAAAAUAAUAAGGUUUCCCCGCUGUCAGCCUAGCCACCACAACUAUUGGAGGCAGGGUUGCAAAACCUUUCAAUUGCGCUUGCGCAAGAUGUUGAAUUAAAUGUUCUGUCGUCAAUGACGUCUUGCCACGACCGUCCACACAAAAAGGCCACAAGCACAAGGGAGGAUGGGAGCUAGGAUAAUGGACAGAAGCCGAAAAGUUACAUCCCACUGUUUUCCAUGGAAACCGGUAGUCAUUUAUGCAUUAAAAACGGACCUUGUUUGAAGUAAACAAGAAGAAGAAGAAGGCCAAUUUAAGGAUAGGACAGGCGAAAGUGGGAGUGGGAGAUAUGGCGGGGCUAGGACAUGACCCAGGCAGGACUCUAACCAGGGCCCCCAUGGCCAUCCAAGGCCAUAUAAUGGUGGUGAUGGUGAUGGUGGUGGUGGUGUUGAGUGGUCCUCUGUGGGUGCAUGCCAAUAUGCGGACUCCCAUCCUGCCUUCCCUCCUUGUGGCCUCAUGAUGACGUCAUGAACAACAGAAUUGUAUUUCAGUGUCUCGCAAAAGCUCAAUUCUAAUGUAAAUGUUCUCAUUUGCAAACGGGAUGGUGGAUGAAGAAUAGCCCCUAGGGCUAGGCUGACAGCGGGGAAACGUAAUUGUUUUGUCCACGGAGGUGGGGUGGCAGCAAAACGUGAUGCCACAAGCACAGACAGAGGAUGGGAGUGUGCAUAUUGGAAUCCACAUCAUAUAAUGGUAGUGGUGGUGGGGGAGGGAAGGGGGGUGGGGAGUGGUUCACUCUGUCGCUCAGGGUUGCCAGAUUGGACUGUGGAUUGUGUAAGCUGAGCAUCUGUGGGUAAUGAAAUGUAUCACGUUUGAUUUUCUGUAGAUUUAUGGCCACAGACUGAGGUAGACAGAUGGCUACAUAGAUGCCUUUAUUGUUGAAAUCAAUAGAAUUUAAGUUCAAAUUCAAUGCCUCUGCUCAGGGUGUUAAUUUUUGAGCAUUUAUCGAAUCACGUCUGGCAACCCUGCGCCUCUGCCACUGCGCUCCAUAGCACCCCCCAGCAUGUAGUUCUUAGCAUCACUGCUCAGCAUAAAGAGCAGUCUGUAGUUCAUUGUCAAUUACAUUCAUGUCUUGUCCUGUCUGUAAUAUAAGCGGAGACGGGCAGGCCAUUGUGAAAUGUUAAUGAGAAAUGAAAAAAAAAUUGUGAACUGUAAAAUUGUGACUAAAUAAAAAAAAUGUUUCUUAUUCUUA